AUGCUUGUAUAAUUUGCAUCUGCUGAUUCCCCUCUGCUACUUUAAUCCAGCAAUAUAUUAUCAACUACUAAUGAUGGAGUCAACCGUGAUAAAUAUGUCAAUUAUAUUAAACUCAAUGGACUACAGGGUAUAUAACUGACACUUGAUACAGUCAAAUUGAAUACUAGAUUGGAUUACACAGUAAUGAUGUGGUUUAAGCCUUUGAGUCAAAAUUUCGGUGAAGAAUAUUAAUAUGCCUUUUCUUUUGGAGAAUCCCUUGAAUGCUAUUUUGCCACAGAUCAGAAAUUGAUGUGUACUAGCGAGUCUUUCUUAGAUAGACUGGAGACUGACAUAAGCUAGAUAAAAACUAAUCAAUGGUAUCAUCUCACAAUUGCAGGCUAGGUCCUUGAAUAAUCCUAUAUGCUUAUCCAAUCUAAUGCUUUGGGAGUUCUUGCAUAAGACGAAGGCUACUAUCUAGAUUUAAUUCAAACAGCGACUCCCUGGAAAGCAAGUCUUGGUGGCUUUUAUAACCAAAAUAUAUUCAUAGGAGGACUUAGAGACUUUGUAUUCUUAACAACGUUUGUAGAUUAACUUCAAGCAGCUAACUUAAAGAACAACUAUAUGUUUUGGGACAGCAAGUUGAAUGCUUAUUAUAGAUUCUCAGAUUAAAGUUUUUUAUAAGAUGAGAUCAAGGGUAAAUAUAUUCAGAUCUCAUCAGGUGCUUAUGCUAAACAAAGAGAUUUGAUCAGUAAUGAUAUUUGCUACCCAAUCGAAACCUAUAUUUAGCUUUAUAAAAGUUAAUCAACUCAAGAUUUCAAGUAGACUUAAGUUGCUUCAAGAUGGAGUCCUAAAUUAACAAACUGGGGAUAUACAGUGAGUAUGUGGAUCAAAAUGAAUAAUUACUGCUUUUAUUCUAGCCCAACAACAGCUAGAUAAAAUUGUCAUUAUGUUGUUCUAGGGGAUGCUUUCAUGAUAUAUAGUCCAGCUCCAAACCAAAUUUCAGCCUAUAUCUAUGCUUCAAAGGUUUAUUAUGAGUAUCAGACCAAAUCAAUCUUUGUCCCAUCAAAUUAGUGGGUUAAUCUACAAUUCACUGUUUCAUAAUAUUAUGGUUAUGAAUUCAGAACAUAUGAUAUUCUUUCAAGAUAGAUGGAUGCUGUUAUAGAAACUAGAGAACUUUUCUCUUAAAAAGUUUCAGAUAAAAGUUUAACAAUGUUGAAAAAUUUCGCCAACACUAAUGUGAUAAAAAAUUUGGUAGUCUACACAUCAAAGCAGAAAUUACCUUUCUCUCCUCCAAAUGUAGAUUUGAGCCUGACUGAUUAUUCUCUCAGUAGUGACUGUUUAGUUUAUUUCGAUUUCGUUUAAAAAGGUUUUGCUGGUUAAUAUCCAAGAAAAUUGAGAAAUCUCUGUAGUUCUAAUAGCAUCAACCCUGUUGACAUUGAACUAGUUUAGAAUAGUGAAAUCUAUUAAGGUGCUUUUUGGACUGAACCAGUAAGUAUUGCUGGUAGUGAUAUUGGAUUAUACUCAAAUUAAAAAUCACUCUUUGAUGGUAUAGCAUGUAAUGAUGGCUAAACAGUUCCAAAUUUAAGAGGCCAAAAUAGUUAUAUUUAUACCAAAACAUUAACACAAGACAGCUAAUUAAGUAAUGUAACAGUAGAAUUCUGGUUUAAAUAAGGUCUAAAUACAACUCAAUCAUAGUUAAUCUCAAACACUAAGUAUCUAUUCUCGCUAUAAGGAGUAUAAAGGGCGAGAGAAUACUUCACUAUAGUUUACGAUUCGACACAACAGAAACUAAUAUGUGCACCCUUUGGUAUUACAUCUAUCACUUCUCCUUAAAUUGGAUUUACUUAAUAUACCUAAGCAAAUAAAGCGAAAUCAGGAUGGUACCAUAUUGCUUGCUCCUACGAAUAUUAGAAGGAUUUAAUUGGAUAUCUUUCUAAUAGCAAACUAAAUGAUGAGAUUUUAUCUUAAUCCCUUGUUGGUAUCCCUACAAAUCUCCCAGCAGACACUUAUGAAAUUUGGAUCGGUAAUAAUGCUUAAAAAACCCAAGGCUCUACUUAUCUUUUUGUGAAAGAGGCUAGAAUUUGGGCAUAAAAAAGGUCAUCUAAUGAUAUUUAAUACUGGAGAAAUAGACAAAUUGAUCCUCGUCUAUUUACAUCAGAUAUUUUCCUAGCUUACUUAAAACUGAACAUUGGGCAAUAUAAUGAAAUGAAUUUCAUGCAAGUUUCUAAUCCUUAGAUAAAUUAUCCAGCUGUUAAUUUGACUGAUGUUCUCUAUGUUUCUGAUUCUGAGCUAACUAUCUGUCCUGUAAAUACUUACCUAGGAAUUGAUAAAAAAUGCUAUCAAAAUCCAAUACAAACAAUCUAGGCUAACAUUUAUACCGAAAUUAUUGACAGUGAGUUAAAUUAUGUAUUUAGUGCUAAUGAAUCAGUUAUAAUGUCUUCGACAGGAGGCUAAAACAUAUAAUAUCAAUGGAUUUUUGAUGAUUAGAUUCUCAAUAAAGUAACACAAGCACUAAAAAUCAAUAGAAGUCCGAUAAUGAAAGUUCCAUCUAAAUAUUUCAAAGAUGAAAGCUAAUAUAAUGUGAAAUUAAACAUAUCUAACCAAGACAAUACCUUUGUCUAAAUCAAGGAUACCAAAUUUAUUCCAUAAUCGUGCUCCUACUAUUCAUUAUCAAGUGAAUAAUUCUUAAAUAUCACUGAUCCUCAAUCCAGAAUUUCAGUCUCAUUUAUGGUUUAGCCAGUAAACUUAAAAAGCUACUGCAAUGAAAUUUCAUAUUAUAAUCAACUUGUUCAAAACGUUUCAUAUAGCUUUGUUCCACCUUUAGCUAGCGAUUUGAAGUUAAAUAUUGAGUAUUACUCAAAUAACAGUUUCAAGGUAACUCUACCUGAAAGAGAAUAAUAUAAGAUCCCCAUAUAGACUGAGAUUAAUAUCAUUAUGAGGCUUCAGUUCCAAAACACCCAGAUAUUAAGCUUACUAUAAGAAAACAUAAACUUGAACGACACUGUUUUCUAAAAUGUUAAGCAAACUAUUUACUUUAACACUGCUGGGCAAGCUCUAAUCCCUGCUAUUUCAGCUAAUUAAACUGUUAUUUCAAUAGGGGAAGGAGUUGUCAUUUCCACAGCUGGAACUAAAAUUACUUAUGCAGAAGCAUCUGACUAUAACACAGUCUAUUAUCAGUGGCUAUGCCCUGAGUCUCUACUAUAUUAUUGCCCAUUAGUUAAUGCUUCUCAAAUUACUAUUCCUUCAAACAGUCCAAUAAAUUUUAGAGGAGCCCAAGAAUUUGCAACAACUAUUACUGUAAAUAUAACCUGGACAGAUAAAAAUAAAAUUGAGUUCAUUUACAAUAUAUCGAUAGAUAUAAAAUUUAUCAAUCAAUUUUCUCCAGUGUUUACUAUUAGUCCUCCAAACCCAUUGAGAGCUUCUUUUGAAACUUUGUUCUCAUUAGAUUUUACCAAUCACCGAGCAACUAACUUACCUACUACAAUGCAGGUAGUCUGGACUAUUAAUCCAUAAAUUUUGUUUGCUGCAUAAACCUUAGGCGCUAAAAAUCAAACUCUUAAAGUAGCCAAAUAAGGCUUUAAUUAUGGAAGAGAUUACACUAUAACAGUAGUUGCAACAAAUAAGAAUAGUUCAACAUUAUUAUAAAGAACUUAAACCUUUACUUUUACCACUUAGAAACCUCCACAAAAUGGAACUGCAAGCAUUACUCCUACUAGUGGUUACGUAAAUGAGACAUUACUAACAAUCACUAUACUGAAUUGGUAGAGUAGUAACAAGCCCAUAAAGUAUAAGGUCUUUCCAUUUAAGGAUGUUACCAAAGAGCCAACUUUAGCUUUGACUGAUGAUUGGAUUAGUGAUAAUACACCAUAUAGGUUCACUCCUAAUGAUACUAACUAUUAUCAGGUGCAAAUUACUGACAACUCUGGAGAGUUAACAUAUUUCAACCUUUUCCCAGCAAUAACAAUAAAACCUGCGACAAAUGCAUCAAACAGUACUGGUAACUUUACUUGGGAUGUAAAGUAAGCUCAACUUAGCAGUAUUCUUCAAACAACUCAACUCUCUUAAAAAUAUUCAGAGCUAACUGAAUUUGCAGAUUAAACUCUUUCCUCUGAUCAAAGUAGUUCCUAAUCAUCAAGCGAUUCAGCCAGUCCAGAUGCUCUUCAGAAAAUCUAGUCUAAAAUUGCAAUUAUUGAUAGCAUAUAAAAAGAUACCUAAUAAAUAGAUGACCCUGAAAACUCUGUAAUUAUUUCUAAAGGUUCAGUUAAAGUACUAGAACUUAUUUUGUCAGAGACAGCUAUUCUAAACGAUGCAAUAGCCUAGAAAGCUUUAGAUAUUUUGAGAAAUAUAUAUUCAAAGGAUAAUUCAGUCAUUGAAAACAUAAACAAAGAUCCAGAAUUCAAACAAAAUUUUGCCCUAGUACUUAGUCAUCUAAUGCAGUACGAUAAUUCCUUGCAGAUAACUGGUAGAUUGCUUCGCCAAGAAAACUUAAGCAAUCUUCAGGAAGAUAUUAGAUAGUUAAAAGAGUAACUUACAAAUUAACUCUGCUAGGAUGCAGUUAUUAAUUCAGAUGCUUAAUAAAUAGAUACACCAUCAUUUAGUCUUGUAAUAAAGAAAUUUUCAUUCGAUAGUAAUAUUAAGGAGGCUGAACUAAAGUAAUCAGAAGCCGAUUCACCAAGCAUUAAGUUCUCAAUUUCUUCAAUCACUUAAUAGCUGAAGAAGAUAAAGUCAUUUGAUGAUGCUUUCUGUCUCGAGACAAUUUUCUUGAACAUUGAUCCCUCAAUUAAGGAUACUUCAUUCACCUAGUAUUCAAAGUCAAUUUUAGAAUAUUUAGUGUCCGACGAAUAGUCUCAAGAAAGCUAUACGUCAAGUCAAUACGAUCCUUAAAGCAAUGUAAAUAUUAGAUUCCCAGUUAAUCCAGCAACAUUCCUGAACAAUUAAACUGUAUGUAUGGGUUAUUUCAAUCAAUAAAAGUAAUGGUCUGAUGAUAUUUGCGAGACUAUUGUCGAUACCUAAGACCAUAAUGUCAAAUGUAACUGCAAUCCAAGUGAUGUCACUAAAUAUGGAGUGUUCAAUAAUCCAGCAAGAUAACUUGGAACAUAACUAGUAUUUACACCAAAACCAACAAAAGAUACUAGUAAAGCCUCAGAUUACAUUCAAGUUGAUGAAUCAUUCUCAUUCUUUGCCCUAAUUCUCAUUCUUGUAGUCUUUUCACUGGUCCUACCGACAAUUCUCUUGAUACUCGAUAAAAGAGAUACAAAAGCUAUCAAACAAAGGAAGCUUGAUAAUAACCUUAAAUAGCAGUUAGUAGUUAUAUCAAAGUAUACUAGUCUUCCUUAUAAAUAUUGGAUCACUAGAGCUGAUGAAGUUUUAGAAUUCUCUCAAGAAAGUAAAACUAUUUUUUCACAUUUUGUGCAAGAAUUACAUCCUAUUGUAAAUAUGCUUGCAAAGCAUGAUGUCUUGAACUCAAGGAUCACAAGAUUCAUUAGUUAUCUCCUAUAACUUUCACUAUAUGCUUUGAUUACUGUUUUAGUCUUUGGUCCAAGUUACAGACUAGGAGAACAGGGAAGAUUCGAAUAUGGUAUUGAUCAGAAGGAUAUUAAUUACAUUCUAGCGAUUGGUAUUAUCGGGUCAAUCUUGCUAAUACCUUGCAAUUUAUUCAAUAGACUCUAUAGAAGGACAAUAAUAAACAAAUCAGUGCCAUCUGAAAAUGGCACUCCCUAUCAAACAAAGAAUCAUGAGAGCAACAACAUGAAUUAUCAUCCAGAGCAGUCUAGUGAAAAUAAUCCACAUUGCGAUUCUAGUCCUAAUAAAGAGCUUCAAACAAUGUAGCGAAUAAUUUAUAAGCAAAAUGCUCUUGAUCAUUUGUCCCAUGGAGAUCUUUUUGGCUAAAGUAAUCAUAGUCAUUUAUACAAAUACGAAAAUUCAUAAGAUCUUAAGUUAUAGCACAGAUGCAGACCACUGCUAUUAGCUUAGAUGGCAGUAGCUUAUAUUUGCUCGAUGAUUGCUAUGACACUAUGCUUCAUUUAGUCAUAAAGUAUGCCUGUUUCCAACUAGUAUUGCCUUGUUUCAUCAUUCUAUAUUGGUUUCUUUGGCAGUAUUAUAGUAUCAAACCUAGUAAGAGUUGCAAUAAACUCACUUCUAAUUAAAAGAUACAUAGAAAAUAAUGGUUCUUGGCUAUUGAGAAUGUUCCUAGCAAGGGAAGCUAUUGAACUCUAUAAAGAAAUACUGAUUAUUAGAUAAUCAGCUAAAGGAGAGGCUAAUGACAUUACAGCUAUUCAUAAUUUAUCUCAAAAACAAUCUAGAUCAAGGCUUUCAAGAUUAAACUCCACUGGAAAGAAAGCAUUUAAGGAUAAUGUCCCACAAGGUGCCGAUUUAUCAAAUGAUUCUAAUAUCCUUAAGAGAAACUAGAUAGAUACAAUCGAAUAGAUUGACUCAAAUAACUCUGUAUUAGCAGAUAAUAACUUGUUGAGGUAAAAAACAUUGGAAGAGGAUCCUUUCAAUCAAAGAAUGUCACCUGAUUCAAAUAAUGUCCUAGACUUCAACUCUUAGAAUUCUUCAAGAAAAAGUCCAAAGAAAAACAGCAGUAAAUCUCCUAAAGAUUUCUAUGAUAGCAUCAGAAUGCAAAUAAGGCAAGAUACUCCUGAGGUCUCCUUAGAUCGAUAUUCAGAACUGUGUCCACAUCAAAGCUAGGAGCUUAACUUCGAUGAGUAAGAUCAUCAUCAAAUCUGA